GAAAUUCCAAUUCUCGCCGUGUUUGCUUUUGCUAGUCUUCCUCUCCUGCCUCUCAGUUCAGGUAGUAGGACUGAGGAUCAAAAGGUUCUAAUUCUCAAUUUAAAGAUGGGUAGAGCUAAGCUGCCAUUGAAGCUCAUCCAAGAUAAAAAACAGCGGAGUAUCACAUUCAGAAAAAGAUUUGAGAGUGUAAAGAAGAAGGCUUUUGAACUUUCAAUACUAUGUGACGUCCCGGUGAUAUUUAUGUUCAUUGGAUUGGAUGGACAGAUGCAUGUUUGGCCAGAGGAUCGCAACAUGGUGCUCGGCAUUGCCGACAGGCUCCAACAGCUCAAGAAAAAAGAUCGUCGUCGACUGUGUGAAGACAGUCUCUCAGAGUGUCUCCCUGGAAAAAUCAAUGCAACUGAAGCUGAUUUACAUCAAGAAAUUCCGAUGCCUCUACCGCAACCAUUAAUGUCUGCAUCUUCAGACAUCUUUGGAGAACCAUAUCUGCAGUUUGAUGACUUCUUUGGAGGGAACUUGGCAUUUGGAGAAGGUUGUUCAUCAUCUUACUUUUCAUAAUUCUCUGUUGUCUGCUGAUGUUGUCUUGUGUCUAGACUAGUUGUUGUUUAUUGUUCCUGACUGUGUGAGCAUGUUGC